CCAUCCAUGGCGGUGGCCUACAGCCUUAAUCCUCUCAAAACCCACCCUCCCCAUUUUGUCCUUUUCCGCCACGCUCACUCUCUUAAAAUACUGACUAAAUUUUGUUGCUUUUUUCACUACAGAGUCCAGACACAUUGUAUAACCAACAUAUAUCUGUGUAUCUAUAUAUCACCCCCAUGAGCCAUUAUUAUUAUUAUAACCCCACUUUCCUUCUUACACAUUUUCCAUCACCUUUUCCCGCUCUCUGUCUGUCCAAAAAAGUUAUCUUUUUUCCUAUGAAAAACAUCAAAUCUUGACCACCCACAAGACUUCAUUUUUUUUCUUUUCCAAAUUACUUCUUACUUUGUAUGUAUUGAUUUUGAUUUAAUUGUUGCAACCCAGGUGUUUGUUAAAAUGCCCAAAUGAGAUUUUGUUUCAAAUCUUUGUAUAGAUCAAGUUUGUUUUAUAAAAAGACAGCAAAAUAAGAUGGAUAUACAAGGUGGGUGUAAGUCAAAACCACCCAUGAUCAUCAGAAGCCUCUCUAGAAGAGAAAGAAAACUUGCCCUUCUUGAAGAUGUGGAUAAGCUAAAAAAGAAGCUAAAACAAGAAGAAAAUGUACAUAGAGCACUUGAAAGAGCUUUUAGUAGAAGAUUAGGAACUUUGCCUCAUCUUCCUCCUUAUCUACCUCCUCAGACUUUGGAGCUACUUGCUGAAGUAGCUGUUUUGGAAGAAGAAGUUGUGCGUUUAGAGGAAGAAGUUGUUAGUUUUAAGCAGGGUUUAUAUCAAAAAAAUGUGUGUAUAUCAUCAAGAAUAAAUAUGGGGAAUUCGGAUGAUAAUUUAUUAGAAUCGUUAGUAUCCCCGGUUGAAGUCGAAUCUGAACCAUCCAAAUUAGCACAACAAAAGCCUUUGAAUUCACUUUCGAGAAGUGCUUCGAGUAGAUUGGCCUAUUCACAUCGGAUGGGGAGUGAUUUUCUGAAUAGGUUGGUUGAUGGGAAAGCAGAUGAUUCGAAGAAACCUGAUUUGGGAGUCGGAGAUGAUUGUGUUUUAGGUAAAGAAAACCGUUCGGCUUCUAUUGCGAAUACUAAGCUGAAGAGCCCUCCUGCAAGGGUGGCAAAUGAAGUGCAAAAUUCGGAGAAGAAACCUCUGGUUAAGUUUGAAACUGCUGAAAAAUGCACUCUUCCUAAAUCACAGAAUAGGUUAGCGGACCAAGAAAUGGCACAAGAAAGCUGUUCUAGUUCAUCUUCAGGAGAGAGAAUUUUGGAAGCCGAAAGUGAAUGCAACAAAGUUUCUGAGAAUGUCUUAAAAUGCUUGAUUGGAAUCUUCUUAAGAAUGAGCAAACUGAAGGCGAAAACUAUGGAUGCAGAGGCCUUCUCCAAUCUAAUGUCCUUGGAUUUUACUAGUGGCGACCAAGGAUCUGCUUUUAAGGAUCCUUAUGGUGUUUGUUUCAAAUCAAAGAGGAGAGAUAUUGGCCCUUAUAAGGACCUUUUUGCAAUUGAAGCUGGCUCAAUCGAUUUCAAAAAGAAAACCAAUGCAUCCCUCUUGAUUCGGAGGCUCAAGCUCCUUCUUGAGAAGUUGACUUCUGUCAGCAUAGAGGGUUUGACACAUCAGCAAAAGCUUGCCUUUUGGAUUAAUACUUACAAUAUCUGUAUGAUGAAUGCAUACCUAGAUCACGGAAUACCUGAGAGUCCUGAAAUGAUGGCAACACUAAUGCAAAAGGCAACAAUAACUGUGGGUGGGCAUUUGCUAAAUGCAGUCACUAUUGAGCAUUUUAUCUUGAGGCUUCCUAAUCGCUUAAAACUUCUAUCCUCUAAAUAUCCAGAAAAAGAUGGAACUGAAAUUCGUGAGAGAUUUGGCUUGGAGUGGUCUGAACCAUUGGUCACAUUUGCAUUGUGCAGUGGUAGCUGGUCAUCACCUGCAGUGAGAGUCUACACAAGCACACAAGUAGAGAAUGAGUUAGCAACAGCAACAAGGGAUUACCUCCAGGCAGCAUUUGGAAUAAUAAAGACCAACAAAUUAAUAAUACCAAAGAUGUUAGAUUGGUACAUGCUAGAUUUUGGAAAGGAUUUUGAAGCUUUGGUGGAUUGGGUUUGCCUCCAAUUACCUGGUGAAUUGAGGAAACAAGCAGUAAUGUGCCUUGAGAAGAGAGGAAGAGAGCCUAUUUCCAAGAGAGUUCAAGUAAUGUCUUAUGAUUACAGGUUCCGAUACCUCAUACAAAGAUGAGAGAUAAUGCGAACUUUGAGAUAUUACCUGUUCAUUGUGCAAUUGGUUGUCACAUUUUUGGUCUUGUCACUGCAAAGGGUUGAUUAGCUUGUAGGAUGUCGGGUUUCGUACAUAGUACAUAUAAGCACAAUAUAUAGAAAGAAAACUGAGAUUUUAUUCUCCUGGGGUUUAUUAAAUUUAUUUAUCUUCUUUGGGUCCUUUUGUUUUGGUCUUGAAAGUGGUUUAGUGUGGGGUGAUGAACCAUUGAGGUCAUAUGUUCUAUUCUUCUGAAAAUAACAAAAAUUUCUUUCCAAUUCAUAA